UAUAAUUAUGGUCGGAAUAUGUUCACGUUUUCAUUAAUUACUCCGUCGGAAAACGAUGUAUCGUUUAAAGCCGGACUCUUAAAUUUUGAUAAUGAAUUUAAAUUAUUGGCUGAUCCAUCAUGGAAUGGGAAAGAUGCUAAUUCCGUAAUGUUCAUUGAACAAACUUUAAGUGAAAUUAAUGGUAUAAUAUUAUCUCAUUCAACUCCAGAAUUUCUUGGAGGUUAUGUAUUAUUAUGGAUUAAAUUUGCUCCAUUAAUGAGUAAUAUUCCAGUAUAUUCUACUUUACCAGUUAAUCAACUUGGACGAAUAUCAACAGUUGAAUAUUAUAGAUCAAAUGGUAUAUUAGGACCAUUAAAGGAUGCAUUAAUAGAAAUUGAAGAAAUAGAUGAAUUCUUUGAUAAAAUUAAUAUUAUAAAAUAUUUACAAUCAAUUACUUUAUUUGAUGGGAAAAUAAUUAUGACAGCUUAUAAUUCAGGACAUACAUUAGGUGGAACAUUUUGGUUAAUUAAUAAAAGAAUUGAUAAAAUUAUUUAUGCUCCAGCUUGGAAUCAUUCUCGUGAUUCAUUUUUAAAUAGUGCUGCAUUUUUAUCAUCUUCAAAUGGUAAUCCAAUAUCUCUGUUAUUACGUCCAACAGCUUUUAUAACUGGUACAGAUAUGGGUUCAACUAUGUCUCAUAAAAGAAGAACUGAUAAAUUCUUAGAAUUAGUUGAUGCAACAGUUGCAAAUGGUGGAGCAGUAAUUAUUCCAACUUCUCUUUCAGGUAGAUUUUUAGAAGUAUUUCAUUUAAUUGAUGAACAUUUACAAGGAGCUCCAAUUCCAGUUUAUUUCUUAUCAUAUUCUGGUACAAAAGUUUUAAGUUAUGCAUCAAGUUUAUUAGAUUGGAUGACUCCUUCAUUAUCAAAAAAUUGGAAUGAUUCUGAUAAAAAUGGUCAUUUUAGAAGUAUGCCAUUUGAUCCAUCAAAAGUUGAUUUAUUAUUAGAUCCAAAUGAAUUAAUUCAAUUACUGGGUCCAAAAAUUGUAUUUUGUUCAGGAAUUGAUCUUCGAAAUGGUGAUUUAUCUUCUGAAGCUUUUCAAUAUUUAUGUCAAGAUGAAAAAAGUACUAUAUUACUUACAGAAAAAUCUUUAUUUGCAUCAGAUAAAACUUUAAAUUCUUUAUUAUAUACAGAAUGGUAUAAUUUAACUAAAGGUAGAAUGGGUGGUAAAGUUGAAGAUGGAGUUGCAGUACCAUUAGAAAGAAUAUUUUCAAUUGAUGAUUGGACUAGAGAAGAAAUAUUAGUAGGAUCAGAUCUUUCUGAAUUUCAACAAAAAAUUAAUGAUCAUAGAAAGGAAAAAUUACUUGCUAAAGUUCGAGAUAAAAAGACUCAAAAUUUAUUAAAUUCUGAUAUUGUAGAUGCAGAAGAUUCAUCUGAUGAUGAAGAAGAAAAUGGUGCUAUUUCAUCUGAUGAUGAAAAAGAUAUUAAUAAAGAUGCUAAUCCAAUUCUUUUAUCUACUAAUGGACAUGUAGGAACAAAAGAAAUUGAUGAAUUAGCUGAUCAUGAAGCAUUUGUUACUGAUUAUAUAAAGGAAAGUCUUGAAGAGAAAAGGCCAUUGGAUUUACGUAUAACUCAUAGAUUAAAACCUCGUCAAGCCAUGUUCCCAUAUUUUCCAAAUUUACAUAAACAAAAAUUUGAUGAUUAUGGUGAAGUUAUUGAUGCAAAAGAUUUUCAAAAACAAGAUGAAAUUUCAAAUUCCAAAAUUAUUAUGGAAGGUAAGAAAAAAUUCGAAAGAAAUGAAAAAAGAGAUAGAGAUAAUGAUAAAAAGCAAAAGAAGACUCAAAUUAAUAAAUUAACCCCUCAAGAACAAUUAAAUAAUGAAAUAUAUCAAAAAUACUUGGAUACAUUACAUGAACCAAAAAAGAGAGUAAAAUUUGGAGCCAGUGGUUCUGCAUAUGCAUCUCAAACUCAACAAUUGAGAGUAAGAUGUGUAUUAUCAUUUAUUGAUUUAUCAGGUUUAGUUGAUCUUCGUUCAUUGGGUAUUAUUGUAUCAUCAUUAAAACCAUAUAAUUUAUUAUUAUUACCUGAUUCAACCAAUGUAAAUUUAAAUGAUGAACUGAAUGGACUUCAUUUAGUGGAAUCAUAUUUUGAAAAACAACAGACAGAACAAAAGAUUGAAGAUAAUAAAAAGAAUUUAUUUAAUUCUUCUAGAUAUCUUUCAUUAGAAAAUAUAAGAAGUGGAUUAUCAAGUGUAUCGACUCAUAAAGGUAGUAGUAAGAUGAAAGUAACCCCAAUUUCAUAUAAUGAAUCAUCUAAAAUUGGAGGAGAUGUAGAUGCAGGAGCUAUUGGAUUAAGUAAUUUUGAAGUUAAUCUUGAUGAUAGUAUAAUUACUGAAUUAAAUUGGCAAACUAUUGGGGGAAGUUAUCGAGUUGCUCAAGUUUAUGGUGAAUUAGAAAUUCAAAAUCAAAGUAUAGAUAAUGAUAAUUCAGAUAAUAGAAAAAGAACAAUAAGUGAUAUAAUUAAUUCAGCAACACAAUUUACAUUAAAGAAAGUUAAACAAGAAGACUUUUUAAAGCAACAGCUUAAUUUAACAGAAAAAUUUGAAAAUUCUCCUUUAAAAUCAGUCAAUACUAAUGGACCUAAAUUAGCUAUAGGUAAUAUUCAACUUCCUGAUUUGAAAAAGAAACUUCAGGGCCUUAAUUUAAAUGCAGAAUUUAAAGCAGAAGGAACUUUAGUAGUUAAUGAUACAAUUGCUAUUAAAAAAGUUCCUUAUAGUUCAGUAGAUGGUGAUGAUACUGGUGAUAUAUCCAUUGAAGGUAGUAUAGGUCCAUUGUAUUAUGAAGUUAAAAAUUGUAUUAAAGAAAUGCUUGCAUAUGUAUAAAUAUCUAUAAUUAGUAAUUUAUUUAUUAUUAUUAUUAUUAUUAUUAUUAUUAUUAUUAUUAU